GUGGGGGAGCGAGCGGCGGCUCCUGUGACCCCUCUCUGUCGCCGCCCCAGCUGGAGGAGGCGCCAGGGGGGUGCAACUGGCAGCUUGAGUUCCCCCCCACACUGUGUCGGUAUCUGGCCUAAUUAGAGCGCAUUUGUUUCGGAUGACGUAGCUCAUCGGUCAGCCAAGAUCAUAGCCAGCAGCCUAGGUGAGAGCUCAGCUUUCAACAGUGGGUACGUGUACAUACGUGGGUUUCGACACAUUUGCGGCUAGAAUACGAUUUCCGAUCGGUGAAUCAUUCCGUUUGAGUACAAUCAUUUUUCCAACAUUGCAAAGCUCCUGCGGUGUCAAUUUUUUUUUUUUUCGAGGACCGGUUUAGUGCCUGUAUACAUACGCUUGUGCUUGAACUGAGUUCACUCAGGGACCAGACCGGAGAUUCUUGAGAGAAGUGAGAGACUUUAGGUGGCCAUGGACACCGUAUCAGUGUACAGCUUUGGCAGCUUCGCCUGGUUGAGCGCUCAAGCGGUGCCAUUGAUUGUCUGGCCGACUUUCAUCAGCACGCUACUGAGCGUGGACGCGCCGAACCGCUAUCAGAAUCAGUAUGGCCACCCCAGCUCGGUUGAACAGUAUUUUGCCCGCUCGUUGGGGCUGUCCCAACUUGCCAUCGGCCUGUUGUUGGUUGUUCUAUCCGGCGCCCUACCGCUUGCCUCCAUGACAGACAGCCCUGCCGACACCGUGUCCCCCUACGCCGACGCAGUCGUUCUUGUGUCCAUGCUGUACCACGCGUCAAGCACCUUCUACAGCUACGCAAGGUGGAACGGCAGUGGCCAGAUGGCCUACCUGCUAGGCUGCUUAGGGAGCAGUGCCUUUGCGGCGUUCGGGCUCGGGACUCUCCUGUUUGCUGGCGACAAGGGCCGCCUCAGUAAGCGGACGGGCGCGGAUAAGCGCACGAGCGGCUGGCCGUUCAAGAAUAGCGAAGCUGACAGGAAGAGGCCGAAGCAUCUGUGACUGUUUUCCUCGCCAAUGGGUAGUGGCCGUGGUGAGUCUUGGGUGAUGGUUGUCUCGCCGGCUAGUGAAGGCUUAGUUCGGCGGUAGCUCCCCUCGGGCAUGAAGUAGAGGGAAGCCAACAAAAGAAAAAGAAGCAAAAAGGACAUACAACACCAGGGAUUCGCUGGUCGUCACCGACCCAACUACUGAUCUGGCCCUUGGUUGUUUAUCUAUGGGAGAGCGGACGGG